CAACACUCCAGAUCGGCUCGCGGCGCGGACGUGCCUGCCCUCUCACCGUACCGAAGAUUACCCAGUUAACGCAGCCGCCGGCGAACCCCUCGCGAUUAGCACCCCAGAGCGACCGCUAUCCACGAUCUUUCGCAUCCCCACCACCACCCGCCGCCGCACUCGUCCCCCAAGCCUCCUACGAACCAAGUAAAAAAAAAAAAUGGCCGACCAAACGGCGGCCGCGACCGCGGGCGACGCGGUGUUCGCGCGGUGCCUGCUGACACUGUACCUGAUCAGCCCGCUCACCGUGCUGGCGCUCCGCUUCGUGUCGGCGCCGUACGGCAAGCUCUCCCGCCCAGGAUGGGGCCCCACCCUGCCGGCCCCGCUCGCCUGGUUCCUGAUGGAGAGCCCCACCCUCUGGCUCCCGCCCCUCGUCCUCCUCCGCUCCUCCCGGCCGCCGGCGGCGGCGCUGCUCUCCAGCCCGCUCGCCGCCCUCCCCGCUGCGCUCUACGCGGUCCACUACGCCCACCGAACGCUCGUCCACCCACUCCGCCUCCUCCGCCUGCGCCGCGCCCCCGCGCCCGUGCCCGUCCUCGUCGCCGCCUGCGCCUUCGCCUUCAACCUCCUCAACGCCUACGUCCAGGCCCGCUCCUUGGCGCUCCACGCGGACCGCCCCGCCUCCGCCUCUGCCCUGGCCCUUUGCCUCGUCGGGCUCGCCCUCUUCGCGUGGGGGUUGCGGACGAACAUCGCGGCGGACAAGGAGCUCCUGAGGCUCAAGGAGGCGGGGGGCGGGUACAAGAUACCGAGGGGCGGGUGGUUCGAGCUGGUCACCUGCCCCAACUACUUCGGCGAGGCCGUGGAGUGGCUGGGCUUCGCCGUGGUGGCGUGGACGCCGGCGGCGUGGGCGUUCUUCCUCUACACCUGCGCCAACCUCGGGCCGAGGGCGAGGGAUCACCGCCGGUGGUACGUGCAGAAGUUCGGCGACGAGUAUCCGGCAUCGCGCAAGGCGUUUGUACCGUACAUCUACUAGCUGCUGUACUCCAUUGAAGCUUUUGCAAACCAACGAGGGAAAAAUAAAAAAAUUGUACUCCAUUGAAGCUUUUGCUAUGUCAAAAAAAAAGUGAAAUGUCUCCGC